AUGUUACAGCAGGCAAAUGCCUUAAUUAGAGAUCUAUUGGUUGGAUCUUCACGUUCUUUUGUUAUAUUGUCCAUUGAAGAUGAAUUGGAAAAUGAUCCAGGAGAAUCAAACAUGAUGUAUAAUUCAGUUGAAAUGAUGGAAUCAUCUUUAAAUUGUGAUCAUAAUGGUAAUAUUAUCACUUUUUCUUUGGAUGUUGAUAAUAAUGAUGAGGAUGGAGAAAGAGUUAUAAUAGUUACCACUGAGAAAGAUAGUUACUUGAAAAAUGUAAAUUGUGACAAUGUUGCAGAUGAAGUCAAAGAGAAAACUGCUAGAAAGUGUUAUGAUCAAUGA